AUGAUGCUGAGAUGGUUCGGCAGCAGUUUGCCCAGGCGUAACCAAGGAAAUCAGCCCAAUCUCAAUCCACACAGCUAUUUCUACAAGGUUCUUGCGGUGCCUCUCUUGAAAGUCGGUGCUGUCAGCCUCGGAACAUUCUACGGACUCAGGUACCUUUGGCGAUAUCUCGAAGAUGACGAAAAGGACGAUAAAUCUGAGAAGUAA